UCACUUGUGCGCAACGCUGCAGCCGUUCCGGAGACAUGGCGAUGCGCCCUCGCAGGACCUUCGUUACGCCCCCUGCUGUGUGAUGCGUGAAGGACGCAAGACAAGUUUCACAAGCCCGACUGACUCCUCUGAGCGCUGCGUGUCGGAACGUGUCCCCUGUGCCACGGAGGGUUAUGCUUUCUGUAACGGAUUGCGCGUGGUUAUACUGGUCUAGUCUGGCAGAAUGAGCGGCACAGCGAAUGACGCGGAGCAGCGCAGCUUUCGCCUGGAGCAUGUCAGGAGCACGCACUUACCGGGCAAAGCGUCGCCGAAGGUGGACAGCCGCUCGGUCUACAAGGACGCACCGAAAGUGACGGCUAACGGGGUGCAUGACAUUGAGGACAGGAUUUUACGAAUGACGGGUUAUUAUGGCUACUACCCUGGAUAUUCUAGCCAUAGAAGAGAGGAAGGCUCAGACUCCCAUGUGGAGACCCCAGCCAGUGAGCCCAAUGGAGAGGGCAGCUCCUAUCACGCCUGCGCCAACGGGGCCCUGAAGGUCCUAGGAGGCCUGCUAGUGGUACUGUGUGUGUCCUCGUCCUGGGUGGGCACCACUCAGGUGGUGCAGUGCACCUUUACGUCCUUCUCCUGCCCGUUCUUCAUCUCCUGGUUCAGCACCAACUGGAACAUCUUCUUCUUUCCCCUCUACUACUCUGGCCACAUGGUCAUCACAAGGGAGAAGCAGACCCCCUUUCAGAAAUUCAGGGAGUGCAGCAGGCUGUUUGGUGAAGAUGGGAUGACGCUGAAGCUGUUUCUGAAGAGGACGGCACCUUUCUCCAUCCUGUGGACGCUGACCAACUAUCUGUACCUGCUGGCACUCAAGAAGCUCACAGCCACAGAUGUCUCAGCCCUUUACUGCUGCCACAAGGCCUUUGUCUUCCUGCUGUCCUGGAUUGUACUUAAGGACCGAUUCAUGGGUGUACGGAUUGUAGCUGCCAUAAUGGCAAUCACAGGCAUCGUUAUGAUGGCCUAUGCAGAUGGUUUCCAUGGUGACUCUAUCAUAGGUGUGGCUUUAGCAGUAGGCUCCGCGUCUACUUCAGCACUCUACAAGGUGCUGUUUAAGAUGUUUUUGGGCAGUGCCAACCUGGGAGAGAUUGCCCACUUCUUUUCCACCAUGGGGUUCUUCAACCUAAUCUUCAUCUCCUGUGUGCCCAUCAUUCUCUACUUCACCAGAGUGGAGCACUGGGGCUCCAUCUCCUCAUUGCCUUGGGGCUAUCUUUGCGGAGUGGCUGGCCUGUGGCUGGUAUUCAACAUCCUGGUAAAUGUAGGUGUGGUGCUUACCUACCCCAUCCUCAUAUCGAUUGGCACCUUGCUCAGCAUUCCAGGCAACGCAGGGUUCCAGACUGCAUCUGCACACAAGCCUAAGAUCACCAUGUGCAAUGCCAAGUGUCAGCUGGCCACUGGCUCUUGGGCAGUGAAAGUGCAUGUUCUGGAACAAUCAAUCACGCUUCACCAUGCAGCAGUCUGAGUUUGACGGAUGUCGAGAGAACAGUACCUACCAGAAUGCAUGAUGCCAACAGUAAGGUUUGGUGGAGGGUUUGAGCUAGGCUCUUUUGUUCCAGUGGAGGUUAAUGAUAUAGUACUCAAAGACAUUUUACAGGGUUAUAUACUUCCACCUUUGUGGCCUUUGGGAAGGCCCAUUCCUGUUCCAGCAUGACUUCACCCCUGUGCACAAAGUCAAGCGCAUAAAGACAUGGGUUGACAAGUCUGGUGUGGAGCAACUCCAGUGGUCUGCACAGAGCCCUGGCCUCAACCCCACUGAACACCUCUGGUAUGAACUGGACCGUCAUCCAAAUCAGUACCUUAACUUCACAAAUGCUCUUUUGACUGAACUGGCACAAAUUCCCUCUGACACAACCCAAACACUCCAUGUUCUUGUGGAAAACCUUAAUGCCCAUGGUUGCGGAAAGAGAUGUCCAACAAGCUUGCAUAGGUGUGAUGACCAGGUGUCCACAUACAUUCAGCAACACAGUCCAUAUCAUUCAAGGACCAACUGAAUGGCUAUUACUCAUUACUCAUGUUACUGAUAUUGAAUACACUAACCAUUUCAAUAGAUUAAGUCAUGUUAUGUAAAUAUUUUGGCAUCUGUUGAAUUACCAAACCUUACUACUCUGCUAGUUGUCCAUCAACCUUACUGUGAAUUCUGAAAAGUUCUAAGGGCUGUACCUAACCAGAACUUAAUAAGUAAUUAGAAAGUUGGCCUUCAUUAAGGUCAGUGAGUACACCUACUCACUUCAAUGACAUUCCUUUGCUACAGUCUGACAAGUUUCUGCAGGCAAUUAAAAUGACUUACUGUUUAAGCUCUGAAUUAACCGCAUCUUCCAGGAAAUGAAAGACAGUUAAUGUUAUCACUGCCGUUCCAGAAAUGUACAACUCUUGACUAAUUAUAGCCAAGGAACAGUGAGAGUAGAUAACUUUUGUGGAUGAAUAAACAAAUUAAGCCAUUCUGUCAGAAGCAGGAUAACGAUGUGCAAGCUGCCCAUCUAGGCUUGCAGAUUCCUCUCCCAUUUCUCCCACUUUCUGUCCCUUCUCGCCACUCUUCUGCUCCUGCU